ACGAGUAGAGAAAUUGCGAAAAAGGAUAUAUGAAGUUCAAGGAAGUCGACAUAGGAAGUCAGCGGCACUCGUUGGUAAAUAUAUGGUGGGUGUAUGAGGCAUGUGCCCUACUAAAUGACGAGAGGAGGAGAAACAAGGAGAGUGGAAAAGGUAAAAAAACAAUUUGAAGUAACAUGAUAGGCCUAUCACCCCUUUUCCCCCACCCCCUUCAUUUGGAUGCUUUGGACAUCUAUCUAGUGAGACAGGCAACCUCCCUGGCAUCAGUGAAUAAAGUUGUAAUAUAAUAGCACAUUAAACUUCGAGCUGAUGAGUGGGGCAAGACUACAUCUACUUUCACUGUCUAACUUAUCGUGGUUAUCUGAGCUGCUAUCUGAAUAUUGAACCAUAGAUUUUUGAUAUAGUAUAGCUUCCACCUCUAGAAUGGUACCCUUAAUAGCUGGAGGAGUUACGGCAGCGGCAGUCGCAGCUGUCGGUACAACGAUAGGCCUCAUCAGGCGUUUCAUGGACCGGUAUAUCAUCGUAGCAAACGGUACAUCGCAACCCAUCUGUGUUACCGUGGAGCACGACAAAGGAAAGAAUCAAUCACUCAUCGAAGCAGAAGAAUCCAUGAAAUUUACCGUAUCGAACAACAGACCUAUAACAAUAAGAGCGAAAAAGUACACAAAAAGUGCCUACGACGCAGAGGUUUGCAAUUACGACUAUCGUAACUACAUUGUGAGGAAGGCAACUAUUGAAGAUCUAAUCCUUGUUCGAGCAAAGAAAUGGAACGUGUGGGAGGCUGAGCCUUGCAAGCAAAACAAACAGAAGGAUUUUGUAAAAGGGAAUUCUCCACAUCUACAGGACAUGUUUUAAAGUUAUCAACUUCAGACAGUUCAUUUAAAGGAGGUUACAUUUUCCAACAAGUGACAAUCGGCUCCUAUAUAGACGCCCAGCCUCUCAAUCUCUGUCUGCGAAUUUCAGUUUUGAUAUAAUUAUGUAGGCCUUCUAUGGACACAUCAUCUUCCUUAACCUUUUAAUAAUAUUAAUAAUAAUAUUCAGUGUUUAUAUAGCGGUCAAUACAUCGAUCCAACGAUGUGCCUAAGCGCUUUACAGAUAUACUAUUACCCCGGUCAUCGGGUUUAGGCUUACCCGCACGUAGUGUAUGCAUAUACACCACUCCCCGGGGAGCAUUCCAGCCAGGCACCACUUUACAAGCGCACUUUUGCUCAUCCAACCACAUGAAAUUUCGCAUAUCCAAUGGGUAUCCAUCUAUCACCUGGGUGGAUAGUAGCAUGUGCAGGUUAAUAUCUUGCCAAAGAAUAUCAGUGCCGUGUCGGGAUUCGAACCCUCGACCUUCGCAUCUCCAGUCAAGCGCCUUAAACCACUCGACCACGACACUCCCACAACGAAUGCUUUAGUUGACUAAUGGGACAAACAGUGGAGUUCAACAGUUAAAUUUCGUCACAAGACCAUUGUGCGAGGCACAUUAAUACAGACCUUCAUCACUAAAGGCCAUUCUGACAUUUGCCCCCAUUUUGGUUUGCGUACAGUUUGCGCAUAAACACUCUUAAGUGCCAAUGCGAAUCUUCAAACAUUUUUAUGUUUUGAAGUUAUGACACCGGACAAUUUGAAGUCGUUUUCGCUGUGGCAAUCAUUAUCAGGCACCUUGGUUGAAAAACACCAAGUUGACUCUGGACAAGAUGGGGAUGUUUAUUUCAUGGGAAAUUUGUGAAAAUACUAGUUUUGAUUGGGUCAAACAAACUGUUGAACAUCGAUUGAAAGUAGCAUGCCUUGUAUUGGUCUGCUAACUUCUGUUAACUAUCGAAUUUUCAAACAUCUUUAUGUUUAAAAGACAUUGGACAAUUUGAAGUCGUUUUCGCUGUGGCAAUCAUUACCUGCCGAUUGUAUCUGGUAGUUUGUUUUCAAAUACUCCCAAGAAAAUAAGAUGAUAUACGCUUUGCAAUUUGCAAUCACUUGGGGAUGCGUUUUUUUGUACUUUGUAUGCCCUGCCUUUCAUUCAGACAGGAAAUUUGUUCCUCGAUAAAUAUUUUAUUGAAAGACCGAAUACACUAAAAAUUAAUCACUUCUUUAACUUGAAAAUUGUACAAACACGCUUAAACUUAGGAUAACAUUCUGUCAACAGAAUAGUGCUUGUUUUCAUUAAUAUAAGUAUGUGCACGUAACAUGUUUAUGAGUUCAAUAUCAUCGCCAUGUUUCUUUUGUUUCUGUCUCGUAUCAAA